AUGAUGCGCGGCGCGUUUGACCGCGCCGCCGACUCCCUUGCCGUGGUUCGAAGGUCCUGCGACGCCAACGACGCUGUCCAUAUCACCGUAGUACAGCCCGGCGAGACCAAACCCAAAACCCUCUCGACCUUCCAUCCGCAAUUCACAUACCCCAUCUUCGGCGACGAAGAGCGCAUCUUUGGCUACAAGGGCCUGAUCAUUCGCUUGCGCUUUGCGGCCCAUGACCUGCGCCCCCAUAUCCACAUCUCGUACGAUGACCGGUUCAAGGCUGUCGGCGAUACAGCUGCGAGAGAGGACUACCUGUCUAAUUCCUGGAAAUCAGAGGCGUUUAUCAACCUACCGGAAUACGAGAAUGCCGUCCAGGACGACCCGAGCGCAAAGGAAUUUAAGCCCCCAGGCAUGCUGGUUCACAGCUAUGAGGUGGAUGACCGGAAAUAUGAGAUCUGGGCUGGGUCCCUGGCAGACCCCGAGAAAGUGACUCCUCCGACUCCCACUGCGUCAGCAUACUCUAUUGUAGGAUAUGCCACAGCCUAUCGGUACUGGCUCUACCAGCGAGACCGCUCUGAAACACCCACCGUCAAGUCUGAUCCGUUCCCCGGCCCCGAAGCUAAGAUCUCAGAGCUUCCUGCCAGGCUUCGGAUUGCGCAGUUCCUCGUCCUCCCUCCACACCACCGUUCAGGCCACGGCACCCACCUGUACACCACAAUCCACGCUACAUGUCUCGCCGACCCGACCAUUGUGGAACUAACCGUGGAAGACCCGAACGAGCAAUUUGAUGCGUUGCGAGACACGGCCGACUACUGCCUUCUUCGGCCGGAGUUCCUCAAGCAAGGCGUGAACAUCAACCCUGAUCCCUACGAAGCAUACUCUCGGAAGCAACGCCUGAAAGUGGUGCCCACCGCGGCUCUGAUCCCCACCAAACUGCUGUUGGACAUCCGCACAUCCUUCAAGAUCGAGUCGACCCAGUUCGCGCACAUCCUGGAAAUGUACCUCCUCAGCCAGAUUCCCUCAAGACACCGGCUGUCUGGCGGUGCCAACCUUGCACGACUGUUGAUCAAGAAGCACAAGAUCGACGACGUGAAUGACCGACGCUACUACUGGUGGCGCAUGCUCAUCAAACAACGACUGUUCAAGAAACACCGCUCGUUGCUAAGCGAGUUGGAUGCGACCGACCGAGUUGAGAAGCUCGACGAAACUGUGCGAAAUGUGGAGGAGGGCUAUGAGGUUACUCUCCAGGCACUGGAGGGUCGCUUGCCUGAUGUGCAGGAUGAGCCCCCGGUGGUUGCCAGUGAGAGCCGGAACGGGCGCGUCAAACGCAAGCUCACCAUCUCGGACGAUGAAGACGAGGAGAAUGGGACGGAGCUUGCCAAGCGGCCUAAGGUGUAA